AUCUGGAAACAGUGUCCAAAAGAUGGACGCAGAUUUCCAUCUCGGCCAGCGAUUGUCCUUUGACGGUGCGCUGUGCACUGUACGGUAUACUGGUGAAGUCAAGGGUACUUCCGGCCGCUGGCUGGGCGUCGAGUGGGACGACGUCGGGAGAGGUAAACAUUCGGGCGAGCAUGGCGGGAUAAGAUAUUUUGAAUGCAAGAGCAAGCAUUCCACGGCGGGCUCAUUCGUGCGGCCUACACGUCCGGUUGAUAAGCCGCUGAGCUUCCUCGAGGCGCUCCAAAAAAAGUACGUCUCGGAGGAAAUUACAAAAAAUGGCAACAAAUAUGGAAAUGCGGCCUUGUCGUCCGAAGAUCAGAUCAAGAUCAGCGGCAAGGUCGUAGAAGAAGUCGGCUUCGACAAAAUUCGCCAACAGCUCGCGCAGCUUAAUGAACUCCGCAUCGUACUGCUCGACGGAUUAAAUAUCUCUGGAAUAUUACUAAAUGGCCGAUAUGGCGAGCCAGAAGAGAGGGAACGCAUGGUGCGGUUGAUCAGCGAGACGUGUCCGAAGAUCGUUGAGCUCGAUCUGAGCAGAAAUCUGCUGGAGCAUUGGCAAGACGUGGCGGAUAUAUGCAGGGCGCUGCCGAUGUUACGGAGUCUGAGGGUGAACGGGAAUCGGUUUGGAGUAUUACGCGCUUGCGAAGGGGCGGAUCAAUUAUCCACAUUGCCAAAUCUACAAGGACUCGCAUUGGAUAAUACGUUGUUAUCAUGGGACGAAGUCUGCGAUCUGACUGAGCAGUGUCCAUCGCUGACCACGCUCUCUGCCUCAUCAAAUCGCUUGGACAGUCUCCUAAGGACUUUGCAAGGAUCCUGUAAAGUCUCCAAGAUCAUUUUGGAAUCAAAUAAUUUCUCGUCACUCAGUGCUGUCGGAGGCGCGCUGAGCCUGCCAGGGCUCGAACGUCUGCAUCUUCGAGAUAAUUCGAUAAACAGAAUCCUCGACGUCGGGCAGAACGUCGAAACAACUCUUCCCCUCUCGAUUUCACUUUCUAACCUAGACGUCUCAUACAAUGCCAUAGACCAAUGGUCGUUCCUUGACGGACUGGAUGGUGCAUUUCCUAACAUUUCUAGCCUUCGCAUGACGCAUAACCCCGUCUAUUUGACCGGAAAUGUAUCCACAGGCAAAGAAAUGAGCGUAGAAGAAGCGUUCAUGCUUACCGUAGCACGAGUUGGAAGACUCAAGACUCUGAAUUUCAGUGUGAUAUCUGCCCAAGACCGGUCAAAUGCAGAACUCUAUUACCUCUCGCGCAUAGCAAAGGUUCUCGCUGAAGUGCCUCAAGAAGACGAACGACACAUUGUCAAAGACCAUCCCCGAUACGGGGAGCUAUGUGAUGUCUACGGACCUCCAACCAUUGUCCGCAAAGCACCGUCUGCCAUUGACCCACACUCUCUCGAAGCCCGCCUUAUCCGGAUAACAUUCUACUCCCGGACACCCAUAUCUCAUCACGCAGAUCCAACUAAACCGGAGAAUUAUGUCCGUCAAAUUCCCCGCGGAUUCAACGUUUAUAAGCUUAUUGGCAUCGUUGUGAGGCUAUUCAACGUUCGACCAUUCGAUGUGCGGCUCAUCUGGGAAACGGGAGAAUGGGAUCCUGUUGCGAAGCGCAGAGACGACAAUGAGGAUUCAGAAAGUGAGGAUGAAGCUGAGCAUGCCAGCGCCAAUGGUGAUCGGACAAGAAACAACCCAGAAGACGCCACAGAAAGUGGAAAGUGGAUUCAACGAGAAGUCGAACUGGAGGCUGGCACGAGAGAAAUAGGGUUUUGGAUUGAAGGGCGAGAAGCCAAAAUCAGAGUGGAGCUGAAAUGAUUGCCUGCUCGAGUCUGCUUCAACAGAGUUUGAGAAUGCUGGACAUUUAAAAAUUACUUGCAGCAAAGACUACCUUAUAUGCCUUGGGUCAACUAUAUCAGGUGGAUAACGGCUGGCGUUUCAAAGUCGAAAUUUGGAAGGCCUACAUUGGUCUCAAAUGAAAUUUCAAUGAUAGAAUUGAUUGUACCUCUUCCAAGAACGAAGCAGGUUCUUAUUGUAUUGAAUUUUCCCUCAGGACGC